UCGAAUCACCCCAAGGCACAGUUAAUCUACAGUUCGUUACUCUGAUAACACGCACGUUUAAGAAAAUUGCACAUUUCGCUGUUCAGUUUUUAGAGGAAAAAUGUCUGUUGAGAAAAUGAAAUUGUCAACAAAAACCCAAGAAUCGGACAUACAUGCAAUUUCUAGGAAACACGAAUCCACCGAAAACUCUGAGGAUGAAAAGUCAGACAAGAAGAUGGUACUUUCUAAGAAUUCGGCAACAGUAAUUGAUAUCGUCUCGAAUAUUUUAAAUUCUGAUGAAAUCUCUGACACGAUUGAAAUAAUAGAAAAGUCCAUAUCAGAAAAAGACCAGAAUUUGCACAAAGGAGAGGUUCAAACAAAGGAUCAAAAAAGAAAAGCCAAAUCGUGCCAAAAAAUGGCGAAAAAGACAGUGAACGAGUUUCGGACAGUAAAAAGCAUGCUGUCGGAGAUGCGAAAGAACAAUCAAGCGUUGGAUAAAAAGCUAUCAUUAGAGAAAAUGUGCCAACUGCUGGAAAAAAUGAGUCUUCAGGAUAGCGAUGCGGGAGAAUUAUCCUACAUUUCCGCACUUCGAGAACUUGCAUUGGAAAGGGACAUCAUAAUAAAAAAAUUGCAAAAACUUAAAAGGAAGUCUUACAUGUCAGAAGGAGAAAUUAUUGCGAAAGUGACGAUCAUGUCCUUCUAUGGUUUUGAGAAAAUCUUAAAAUUUCUUGGAAUUUUCAUCAAGCGCUUUCUACAAAGGGGGAAAAAGUAAAAUAUAAUUCUUCCCGAAGCUCAGCAUUUAGAAGAAUUCGUUAUCAUAAUGCGAGUGAUUUACGAAAAGAUGUAGAAACUUGAGAGGGAUCAAAAGUCGAAUUUCUUGCAAAAAUUGCAAUCAACUUGAAAAAGGCUUCAGAUUCCUUCAUAUUCAUAUCAACUUCUAAAACAUACCGGUAACUUAGGAGUGUAUAAUAUAAUAUAAUCCCUUAAAUUUAGGUUUUUGGAGAUUAUAGAAUUUAAGUUAUUCAAAUAAUUACGAUAGUCCAAUGAACUUUCAAAAGUGUUAUUUUCUUAAGGGAAAAUAUGACUAUUGCUGUGUCUGAAACUCUUUUCUAUUUUCUAUUUUUUGUGGUUAAUUUAUGUGUCGUGAACAAAUGUGAUGUUACCAUAACAAAGUUCGAAAAGAAAGUAUGUCUUUGGAAAAAGAAAUGUGUAAUUCGAGAAAAUUAAUAUGUAAGGUUUGAGAGCGUGGAUGUCGCUAUAACAAAGUUAAAGCAAGAAAUCACGUUAAUUAAAAUAAUUAUGUUGUUAGUAUAUAAAAAUGUGAUGUAAGUUCUAGAAAACUGUGAAUGUCACCAUAACAAUGUUAAAUGAAAUAAAACAAAUGUAAUUGUUAAAAAAAACAAAGGUGGAAAAUACAUGUAUAGAAAAAGA